UCUUUGUGUUUCCACAGAAGAAGAAAACAAAAUGAGCGGCAGAGGAAAAGGAGGCAAAGGUCUCGGUAAAGGAGGCGCCAAGCGGCACCGUAAAGUUCUCCGCGAUAACAUCCAGGGAAUCACCAAGCCCGCUAUCCGCCGUCUGGCUCGCCGCGGGGGAGUCAAGCGGAUCUCCGGUCUCAUCUACGAGGAGACCCGCGGUGUGCUCAAGGUGUUCCUGGAGAACGUCAUCCGUGACGCCGUCACGUACACCGAGCACGCCAAGAGGAAGACCGUCACCGCCAUGGACGUGGUGUACGCUCUGAAGAGGCAGGGCCGCACUCUGUACGGCUUCGGGGGUUAAACCGACAACUUUGCUCACUGAACCAAACAAAGGCCCUUUUCAGGGCCAAACACUGAUCGGAUCAUGAGCUGCUAUUCCUGUGAAAUCUUAACGGUAGAAGGUACUACAGAUUUUUGGGAAACUAAUUGAAGCAUUGCUCCUUAAAGUGUUUUCGGAUUAGUUUUUUACAUUUAUUAAUUAAUUUUCUUUGCUUGUGUCUUGGUACUUGACACACAACCCAGGCAGCAGAGCGCUGUUCCUCUCCGCUUCUGUUGUGAUUCGCAUUCACGCCAAAACAUAUUUUACUAUUGAAACAGCUCGUAACGGAUAGUGAACUAUUUAAAAUAAAUUGCCCAAAUAAUUUAAGAAGCAGGUUGAGACAAUAGAUUUAUGAAUAUGUUUAUAUAUAAAUAAAGGUCCGAGCUUAGAUCUCAUUUCAGACAGACGUGGUGGCAUCAGGUUAGAUCAUGAAGAGAAAGUUUGGAAACAAAAGCCGUCAGUUUUCCAGAGAGAUGAAAUGUUUUAUUGUCGCUUCAGGAAGGAGUUUGAUUUGCUGCUUCAGCGUAAAGAAAACGUUUUGCCGUCGCUAACAGAGAAGAAUAUUAUUUUGUUCUUCUGUCUGUUUCAAUUUCAAUAAAAAAAAAAUUGUAAAUAUUCUCCUGAUCUUAAACCGGAUACUCAGCAUACAAGCUAGUUAUUAUUUAUCUUAUCAGGAAACAGAAGUGUGUAAUUUAUUAUUUUUUUUUAUUUGUCUGCAGAUAAAGAACCUUAAUAUUUAUAAUGUGAAAGACAUAAAUGUGAUCAACUUAACAGAAGUCAGAAACCAGCUACAGUUGUGUGGUAACUGAAAAAAAACAUCUUACUCUGUAAAAAUCUUCCCAGAAAUAUUAAAUAUUAACUGUGGUUAAUUUUGAGAAUCAAAGUUUGUGGGGGGGGGAAACUACCUUGUGGCGCUAAUAAGAUACAUUUAACAACAUUGUUGCAACUUGUCUUCCGGUUGUUUUUUUUUUUUUUUUUUUGUCGUUAAGCUCCAACAGCGAAGUGGUCUUAUCAAAAUAAAAGCAUCAAAUCAGAAACCGGAAGUCAACCAUAUCUCAUACAAAAUAAAACGAAGUAAAGGAAAUAAGAGUUAAAAAGGUGAUGUAACAAAUUUGGGGUCAUUUGCAAUAGUGAUGGAUAAAUAUCACAUAAAUUUGGAACAUGAUUGGAAGAAACAUUACAUGACUCCUACAACGGAAAUAAAAAUCAGGGUUUGUUAACAAAUGCAGUCAUUUUCCACAGUUAAAGUUUCCACACACACACACACAAAAGGUGGUUUGUUGAGAGAGGUAUUACAUGCAGUUAAAAGCACAGACUGUAAUAUAAGUAGUUAUUUGAUGUUCACAAACGAUCCAAUUCUUUUGAACGGCUCCUUUCCAGCUGUUCUAGAUUCUGGAAGACGGGACUCAAAUCUUAGAGCCGCUCUUUGGUUUUUAAAAACCUGUUUCGAGCUUACAAUACUCACCAGUAUCUCUUAAUCCGUUUGAUUUAAAAUGUGUUUAUUUAAUACGCCAAUAGAUGCAAGCGGCGAAAGGGCUGAACGUAUGAGCACACAGCGCCUCCUCAUUGCUCACCGUUUGUUUUCGUCACGUGUCACCGUGAGCUGCCGUGACGCAGGCUUCACGCAGCCGCAGAGAGGACGGCAUCCUUCCUGGUCCUUCUCUUCUUCUCGCCUCUGUGACCAGCAGGGGGGGCUCUUUUUAAAACAAGAUGCACCAGAACACAGAAUAGUUCACAAUAUUUUAUUUAAACAAUUUCAUUAGAACAUUUCCUUUUAAAAGCAUGGCUUCAGGCCGACUACUCUGUUCCUGGAAAGGAAAAGGGAUCAUGUGAAAUAAAAUGACAGUUUGAAUUAUUCC